CCUUACGCCAUACGAGCAAAGGUCAAACAAAGCUGCCCGAGUCAACUCCCUGUUUGCGUGAAGAGAAAAACCAUCUUAGGAAGCAGAUCAGAAAUGGAACAGUCCGGCUGUGAGCAUUCUACUGGAGACCUGAGUGUCGGACACCCUGGGAAGGAGAUGAACUGUACUGAAGACCCUGGGAAUGAGACUGCCUGUACUGAACAUCCUGGGAAGAAGAGUGACAGCAGAAAGACCCAGGCAACAGACAUGGGCCAACAGCAGGAAACAAGUGAUGUGAACUUUCCCCGACCUGUCAACAAGUCAACCUCACAGGUACUCAAGAGCAAAGGUGGUAUGAGAAGGCACAUGGUUACAUACAAGGGUGAGAAACGAUACAUGUGUAAGGAGUGUGGGUACAGGACAACUGAUAGAUCGGCCUUAUCCCGACAUAGGAGAAUCCAUACAGGAAAAAAACCCUAUAAGUGUGACCAGUGUGACUAUUCUGCAGCAUGGAAAUCCAGUCUGGACAAGCAUCUAGCAAUGCACGCUGAUGACAAACCCUACAUGUGUGCGGAGUGUGGGUACAGGACAAAUUACAAACAUGUCUUAUCCCACCAUAUGAAAACCCAUACAGGAGAAAAACCCUACAAGUGUGACCAGUGUGACUAUUCUGCAGCACAGAUAUCCACUAUGAACCAACAUCUAGCAAUGCAUGCUGGUGACAAACCCUACAUGUGUGGGGAGUGUGGGUACAGAACAGCUCACAAGUCUCAACUAACCAAACAUAUAAGAACCCAUACAGGAGAAAAACCCUACAAGUGUGACCAGUGUGACUAUUCUGCUGCAAGUAAGUCUGGUUUGAACAAACAUCUAACAACACACACUGGUGAGAAACCUUACCUGUGUGAGGAGUGUGGAUACAGGGCAGCUCAAAAGUCAGACUUAUCUAAACAUAUGAGAACCCAUACAGGAGAAAAACCCUACAAGUGUGACCAGUGUGACUAUUCUGCAGCACAGAAAACUACAUUAGUUCAGCAUAAAGCAAAACACUCUGGUAACAAACCCUACAUGUGUGAGGAGUGUGGAUUCAGGACCGUUAGAAAGGUCUAUCUAUCCCUGCAUAUGCGAACUCAUACAGGUGAAAAACCCUACAAGUGUAACCAGUGUGACUAUUCUGUAACAAAGAAAUACCUUUUGGACAAACAUGUCACAAAACACUGUUCCUAAUUACUACUAAUGUGAAAGUGUGGAUACAGGAAAGCUCAGAAGUCCAACACGGCAAACUCUCCACUGUUGGGACUUUAAAGUCGGGCGAUCCGACCCACGGUCGGGCCGAUACCUCGGGCGAUACGGAAUACCCCGAAAUGUUGUAUUCUAUAUGUACAAACUAAGAAUAUUUUAACCUAUGUGCAAACUAAGUACAAUCUGUGUAAGAGUUGAUUGUAAGAUUUGAUCCACUCUCACCAGGAAGGACCCGUACGUUUCCCAAUAAGUGUCGUUGCCAUGGAUUCUUGAAAGAGCUAGAGGCGUGGCUCUACUGAAAAUGGGACCUCUAUAUGGCUUACUUACCAUGAAAAACAAACAUUAACAGCGUAAUCCAUCCUCUACAUUGUCCAUGUAUCUAGUACAUAACUUCCAGAUUCUGUGCGGCAAAACGUAUAGAAAACACGAUCAAAACAAUGCUUGACCCCUUGCACAGAUGAAGUAAACAUAUAUCUUCUCAGUGCUCGAAAAACUGGGUGCAUGUGCACCUUAGUGCACCCAAGUUUGUGCAACCAAUUUUUUUCAUGUUAAGAUG